AUGAGAAGAAAAAGUGAAGAAUUAUUGUUAAAUAUUCUUCCAUUACCUGUGGCAAUUCGUCUCAAACAAGGAGAAACCUCCAUUUGUGAAAAAUUUAAUGAUGUGACAGUAUUCUUUUCUGACAUGGUUGGAUUUACUGUCAUGAGUAGUAUCAUGUCACCCAAUGAAUUGAUUGUUCUUCUCAAUGACAUUGUUCACAAUUUUGAUCAUCUCACUGAAAAGUAUUAUAUUGACAAGAUUAAAACCAUUGGAGAUGCUUAUUUUUGUGUUGCUGGUGCUCAUGCUUCAAGAGCCAGUGAUCACACUGAAAGAAUGGUCAAGUUUGCCAUUGACAUUUUUGGUUUUCUUCAUAAUUUUAAUAAGGACAAAGGUAAAAGAUUAAUCUAA